CGGGGCGGGGCGAUGAUGGCGGCGGCGGCGGCGGCGGCGGCGGGGCUCGAGGGGGUGGCGGACGUGGAGAUCGACGGCGACGGCGUCUUCAAGUACGUGCUGCUGCGCGUGCGCGCGGCCGGCGGGCCCGGGAAGGAUGUCGUGCGCGGCCACGGCUGGGCCGAGUACCACGCCGACCUCUACGAGCGGACGGCAGAGGAGCUGAAGCAGCAGGGCCUGGGCUGCGAGUGCCUGGGGGGCGGCCGCCUCUCCCACCGCCCCCAGGAGAGGAAGAUCCACGUCUACGGGUACUCGGUGGGCUUUGGGCGAGCGGACCACUCGGUGACUACGGAGAAGCUGAAAGCCAAGUAUCCGGACUAUGAGGUCACCUGGGCAGAUGAAGGCUACUGACCUGCUCCGGCCGGGCAGCGGCACCAGCCUGGAGCUGGUGUGGCCAGACCCGGCGUCGGGGUGGUGGCAGCAGGCUCGCUGCGCUUAGCCGUGCUCAGGGCUCUCCUGGUUUUAAUUUGUAUUGAACUCGCCCGUUCUCCACCAUCACCGGACUUCCCCCACACCGUGGGUGCCCCCCACUUCCCCAGCGCAGCAAAGCCUUGGUGAAGCCGGUGGGUGCUCUGCCCCAGCCUCCCUGGUGAUGAGGGGGUUUGUCCUACACGUGUAUGUGAGAAUUAAACACGUUAGGGAGCGCA